CUUUUAUCAUAUGAAGGCUUCCUUUAUGUGAUCGGAGGGGACGAUGGCUCUUUCAAUCUCUGCACGAUGGAAUGCUACGACCCAACCACAAAUACCUGGACACUUCUGACUGGACGAAUGAACAUUGGCCGUAGCUAUGCCGGCUACGCCGUAAUUGAUCAACACUUCGCUUAG